AAAUUAUAAUGAAUACAAUAAUCUGAGCAAUGAAAAUAUACUUCCUGAAUCUGUACCCUUUUCACCUUUAAAUAAUAGUGAAAGUGAUACUGAGAAUCAAGAUAAUGGGAGCGAAAAUAAUCUCAAUUACUAA